AUACUGGAUGACCGCCGCGUGUCAACAUCAUUCAGGUUCACUGCAGCGAUAGCAUCCGGCGUUGGAAUCAGUGAAUAGUGGAUCUGCAGGGCCCGCUUUCAUCACCAGUGAAAGUCUUCCUGGAAAUUGCAUCAUAAUAAGGUUAAGUGUCGUGUAUGGUGAAAUGCGCAAUAGGCACGUGUAGAUGUGCUCGUCACUUGCCAUUAGAUCCACCCUUGCCUGAAAUAAUUACUUGAGUCCAACUGUUCCGUCUGGGUGCAGCAAGGCGGAUUCGUGUCAACACGCCAGACUCGCAGUUGAGAAGUCGUGGGUUCGAAUGUUCGACUGUGAAGUUUGCAUGUUGUCCUCGUGCUUGCUUGGGUUCCUCCCAAAUCCCCAAACCACGGCUCUGAAUUGUCCCUCCUUGUGGACGUGACACCCUCACGAGGACAAACGAUAUCGAAAAGAGAGGGCAAACGCUUCUGACAAACCUUGAAGCCAUUUUUCUCGUAACAACAGAAUCGAGCAAUGAAUGUCUUCUGCAUACACAGCGAAGUGGUGUUCUGUACUCUCACUUGCCUCGAACUUCCAGACAGUGCACGUCAACACCUACGCCAAUUCGGGCCAGUUCAGUGAAGACAUGAUUCCUACCGUUGGAUUCAACAUGCGGAAGGUCACAAAAGGCAACGUGACAAUCAAGAUAUGGGAUAUAGGAGGGCAGCCCCGCUUCCGAAGCAUGUGGGAACGCUACUGUCGAGGCGUCAAUGCUAUUGUGUACAUGGUGGAUGCAGCAGAUCGAGAUAAGAUAGAAGCAUCCCGAAAUGAACUCCACAACUUGUUGGACAAACCACAACUACAAGGGAUUCCGAUUCUAGUGCUCGGCAACAAACGAGACCUAGCCAAUGCGCUGGAUGAGAAGCAGCUCAUUGAAAAGAUGAACCUGUCAGCCAUUCAGGAUCGGGAAAUCUGCUGCUACUCGGUAUCCUGCAAAGAGAAAGACAACAUAGAUAUCACCUUGCAGUGGCUCAUCCAACACUCAAAAUCACGGAGAAGCUGAAAGUGAAACUUGCGUGUGGCCCGAGCCCCGAACACUUCUGAAUCAUCCACGGUCAUCCCUCCAACUGCCUCUGUGAAGUACUUCAGUUCCUUCCGCCUACUAUCGCCGCACGCCGCGCCCGCGCCACCGGUCGCUACUGCCGUAGCUGUGUCGUCUAUUGUACAGCACUGUUCCAGCAACUCUUCUUUGGUGUCCUGAAACGUUAUCUGUGUGAGAAGGUGGAUUGUUCAUGCCCAUCACGCCUCACUGCCCGUCCUUGUGGCCAUUUGCCUCUACGCGGUUGUCAAAUGGCACCGCAGUAUUUUGUUCUCAUCAGUCCCCUAACAGCUUCACAAAUGACUGCGUGUUCGGUGUUUACAGUGCGGUGGCGGUUUUGUUCAGCGUUUGCCAAAUGAGGAUUGCGCUAAUGCCUUUAAUCGCCAAUGAACUCUUAGCGUCGUCGUCGUAAUUUGCUGUGCCUCAUUUGCUCCAAGGCUUGAAUUCAAGAUGAGUGGAAGGCAAAAUAACGAGCGCUUGCCUGCUGCUGUUGAAGGCAGCAAAAGCCCCGCAGAGUUUUAAGUGCCUUUUGGCUGAGUGAGAGCUCUAAUUAGAUGGUCGUUGCCCGGGGCUACGUCUAACACGCUGUUAUGAAAUCGUGACAGAUCAAUGUAAAUUCCUUGAUUACACAACAACCAUCUCCUGUGAAUCCGAUGGAUGAUAACCACCUUAUACCCUCAGCGGGAAGACACCCUAAGUUUUCGCCACACGAUGCAAACAAAUUGAGAAUGUGUGACAUGUCGGUCCGUUGAUGGGUUUGAACACCUCUUGCCUUUUGUGUAGCUUUAAACGUGAAGGACACUUCACAGGUUUUUUUUUUCUGUAAUAUUCUGGAGGUAAUAUGGGUGUGCCCAAAUAGCUGGUUUUAUAGUUCUGAUUUUGUUUAGGUGGAGUAACUGAAAGCUCGUCUUCGUCAAAAUCAAUCACUAAGUCACGCAGAGUGCAAAAGCGUUAGACUAUCAUUUCGAGUCUUGAUGUCUGUAAAUGUCGCAAAAGACUGACCAGUUGUCAUUCCAUUUCCUCUCGGUGGCAGGACACGUUUCUCUCUUUUAUUAAAGUGACGCUUUAAUCAUGUAUGUGAAUCUGCUCCAUGCUAGCCAGUUGGUUGCGAAUUCCAAUAACGGCCCGGAUGGCGUUUGUUCAAUUGGUCAUCUCGUCUGUGCACUCAGCAUACGCCCCUUUGUCGUCAUAUUGUCUCGUGUCUAUUGGCGAUGAGCCGAAUACGAAUCAUCAAUUUUGUAACCGCAGCAGAAGUGAUGGGCUGUGAAGUCGAAUGACUGAGCAAACUGGGAGAAUAAAAAGCUUGUGUAUAUUACAGCAAUUUGUAUGUGCAUGUGCUAACAUUAUUCACGUUCAAUUGCGGAAUUUGUAAAUAAGAAGCGGGCGUUUUUAUUCCAACAAAUGCUCCCUGAAUAUGUCAUGCAUUCUUUCCCUGUGAUUGCCAAUAAAUUUUUGUUUUUU